AUGGGAACCGUACUGGAUUCUCAUUUUCUUGCUCUCACCGCCAUAGUCACCGUGGGAUACCAGUUGCUCUUCUUCAUUGUCACAGCUCUUCUCAAGUUUGAUAAAGUCACCGACUUUGCAGGAAGCACGAAUUUCAUCAUACUUGCAGCUCUAACCCUCAUUCUGAAAGGGACAUGGUAUUUCAGACAGGUUGUCUUGAGUGUCCUUGUCAUAAUAUGGGGUAUUCGUCUGGGCCUGUUUCUGUUAAUGAGGAUUUUGCAGUGGGGGGAGGAUAGGCGUUUCGAUGAAAUGCGCAGCAAUUUGGGGAAGCUCGCAGUUUUCUGGAUAUUUCAGGCUGUAUGGGUUUGGACGGUGAGUUUGCCCUUGACUGUAGUGAAUUCCAGUGACAGAGAUCCAGCACUAGAUGUUCGGGACAUAAUCGGGUGGAUAAUGUGGUCUAUCGGUACUUCAUUUGAAGCUACAGCUGAUCAACAGAAACUUGCUUUCAAGAACUCACCUGAAAACAGAGGCAAAUGGUGCAAUGUUGGGCUCUGGAGCUAUACUCGCCACCCUAACUACUUCGGAGAGAUUUUCCUAUGGUGGGGGAUCUUUGUGGCGGCUUCACCUGUGUUGAAACGGGCUGAAUGGCUUGUCAUUCUAGGGCCAAUCUUCUUGACAUUGCUGCUUCUUUUCCUCAGUGGUAUUCCACUGCUCGAGGACUCUGCUGACAAGAAGUUUGGCAAUGUUCCAGCAUAUAGAAUCUACAAAAGGAGGACCAGCCCUCUAAUACCGCUGCCUCCAUCGCUAUAUGAAAACCUGCCAUCAUGGUUCAAAACUGUGUUUUUGUUCGAGCUGCCAUUGUACAGUCGCAGUCUCCCUCCAGAGGGGUUAGCAUGGUGUAGAAGGAGCAGUGAGGGAGAAGGGAUCAAAGGAGAUGAGAUGAAAUUGAGCUGA